AUGUACGUGCCAGGCCGUGUCAUGCUUCCUCCCUUCCUCUUGUCCAGCUCUUCCCUCCCAUCACAUCUCGACUCGGCAUCCCUUCCAGUUCCCGUCCGUGGUCUUUUGGCACUUUGCCAUUUUCUCUGUCAGGUACGGUACGCCUCAUCAACGCCUCAAGCCGCAGAGUCCCUUCACUCCCCCUCCACUUCCAGCCCGCUACUCGCUUCUAGUCAGCCUUAG